ACCAAGUUGUGCUCUUCCGCCGCGUUAGCAACUCUUUCUCAGGUGUUGGAGAUGGAUCCUCCAUUCGUCCUCGAUACUGGUGGGGCUGGACGGAUUCCGAGUGACAGUCCCAUCAUUUAUUGUUCAUCGAAGCCAUGCUUUGGGGAUAGUGAGGAGGAGGUAAUCGCUUCAUCUAAAUCGGUUACACCUCGCAAGUUUCGUCGAAUAGCUGCCUCAAAACGGUACCACGAAAAUGAAAAAUUCGCAAAAAUCAAGCCUGGGUGUAUAUCUCCUGAACUUCGCGAGGCCUUACACAUCUCCCACCAUGAUAUUCCUUUGCACAUUUAUCGGAUGCGCUCCAUGGGUUACCCCCCUGGAUGGUUGCGUAAAGCGAAGGUGGAACGAUUGCCAUUGUUUGAUGGCGAGCUUGAACUCGACAGUAGUCUUGAGGACCUAAAUGAUUUGGAGGGUGAGCGCCAGCGAUUGUUGUCGGAAAUAAACGCUUUGAAGAACUCGCUCUCACCGAUUUCUGGUCCUUCCAAAUUGAAGGAAGAAUGUAAAGAGCUAUCGGAAGGUUGCGCGAACUACAAUAGGUCAACAUUUCCGCGUAAAGCACCGGAAAGCGGCGGAAUGGAUGCUGAUCGGAUUUCACUUAACACCGAACAUGCUUCAUUCAAUGGUAAAUCCUGUGCAUCUAUGUUGAUUUCUUUGCAAGUCAAGAUUUGA